UCAGGUAAGCUAAGGAACGGGAAACAGAGCAACAGACCACAUUGGGAAAGAUGGACCUGGACAUGCCCUCCUUCUUCUGUCUUCUCCCACACCUCCAGGCCUAUGUCGGCCUUGCCUUAAGGUGUGUCUGCUUCAUGUGCUCCAUGUGUCCGAGAAAGUACCGACACACGUGUUGGACCGUGUCGAGGUACACCACCAUGUGUCAAAUGUCUUGUCUCUGCCUCAGGUAACGCAGGUAAGGUAGCCUGAUCUGGAGCUAAGCUGAGCUAAGGCAGGUGAAGGUGGAUGAAGU